UUUGUGAAAUGGCAGAUUAUUUGUUUUGGUUUGUGUUCUUGUUUGCAGCACUGUGGCCAAUGGAUCUGACUUAAUUUCUUCAUUUUUAACUUUAUAAGCAAUGCGUUUUUAAUGGAUACAUAAGUGACUAUGGUUGUUUCAUGCCCAAUUAUAAAAUAUUUAUUUGUGGUCAUGCAUAUAUAAUAAAACUUUGUUCGUUUUAUUGGCCUAAAGUCGUAUUUAUAAGAAUAGGCUAUAUUGUCUGCCAAGAGUCGGCUACAUUUUUUUUUUUUUACCUUGCUGUAUGUUCAUUAAUAUUGUUAUUAUUCGGGUUAGGAUACUUUUCCUCUUGUACAGAUAAAAUAGCCUAAAGUCUUGCUUUAAUAUUCAAACAGAUCUGCUUUAUUGUUCAAUAAGGGAAAUCUACAAGAAGAUGGAUGAAACUGGUUGAAACUGGUUUCAUGCAGUGGUGGAAAAGUUAAUCAAAGGAACAAAGAGGGAAGAGUGUUCACAGUAAAUUUAUCAGUGACUUACCCUGGUUUUGGAUCCCUAAUCUGAUAUUUUAAACAUUUGGUGACCUUAAAUUCUUAUUAUCUUUAAAUAUAAAAGUUGCAAAUUACCUAUCAAAUUUUCAUAGACAAGCUCUUGAAUCUUGGAAGAUUGCAUUUAAACAAUUGUAUUACCUAUACAAGACUGUUUUUUUUUUUUUUUUUUUUUUUUGAAGGAGUGGGUGGCGCAAAAUGUCCUUUUUUUUUUUUAAGCUCUGAUCUCUUGAAUAAUCAAGGGGAACUUCUCUCAUUUAAUGAACAUAUUACUCUGAAGGGUGCUACGUUUUGUAAAAGAGACUUCAAUAAGGUGAUUAACAGUAUCCCACUUAGCAUAAAAUCUUUUAUUAGAGCCCACCUAAGUUGUGCAAGCUUGUGCAAUCACAUUGAAGCAGCUGUGGAUCAGGGGGUAGAGCUGGUUGUCCACCAACCGCAGAGUUCCGGCUCACAUGCCUCCACAUGCCGAAAUGUCCUUGGGCAAGACACUAAACCCCAAGUUGCUCCUGAUGGCAGACAAGUACCUUGCAUGGUACAGAAGCUCUGCUGUCAUUGGUGUGUGCGUUUGUGUGUAAAUGGGUGUAGAACUGCUAAGGUUAAAAGGCGCUAUAUAAGUUCAGACCAUUUACCAUUUACAUUCCUAUACUUUCAAUUACAAGAAAACAGUUGUCACAGCGUUUAAAACCUUUUUUGUGAUCUCCAUCAUGCCUUAGCUAACAGCCGGCCAAGAUAACAGUAAUGAAUUUACCUGUUAACCCCGCCCACAUUACAUUACUAAUUCAGUUAACUAAUUCAGUUUUGCUGUUACUGCGGUUACUUUAAUCUGGUGGUCCUUUUAAGAUUUUAGCGUUUAUGAUGACGUCAAAGGUCACAUGGUAAUGUUAAUAUGGCGAAUGUAGUCUGUCCUGGAUGUAUUCAUACAACACGCACAAGCUGAUUAGUACGUACUCUUUCACGGGCAAUGCAGUAGGGACUGUCACUAUAAGCGAUUUCGGACGCAGCCCAAGCCACAUUUGCUGACGGUGCAGGAGAAGAGAACUUGUGUGGAAUCGCUGUAAUGGCGUUGGAACUUUUCCCCAAGGAAUACACUUUGAAAAUGCGCAAAAAGCUGAUUGGGCAGUCAUGCAGACUCUUUUUCUCUCAUGACCCAGUGAAAAUAGUGAGAGCACAAGGACAGUAUUUAUAUGAUGAGAAUGGGACACAGUACUUAGACUGCAUUAGCAAUGUGCAGCACGUGGGUCACUGUCACCCCAGCAUCACUCAGGCUGCAGCAACUCAAAUGGAGGUUCUUAAUGCAAACACUAGGUUUCUCCAUGAUAAUAUAAUCCAGUACGCAAACCGCCUUGCAGCCACUCUACCCAAGAAGCUAUGUGUCUUCUACUUUGUCAACUCAGGCUCAGAAGCUAAUGAUCUUGCCUUGCGGCUGGCCCGUCAGUUUACCCAACACGAGGAUGUUAUAGUUCUAGACCAUGCAUAUCAUGGCCAUCUUACCAGUCUUAUUGACAUAAGUCCUUACAAGUUCCGUAAGCUGUCAGGCCAAAAAGAGUGGGUUCAUGUGGCACCAAUCCCUGAUACCUACAGAGGUCUUUACCGUGCAGAUCAUCCCAACCCAGCAGAAGCCUAUGCAGAUACUGUGAGGAAUCUUAUUGAUGAAGUACAUAAGAGAGGACGCAAGAUUUCAUCUUUCUUUGUAGAGUCCUUACCCAGUGUUGCUGGACAUAUCAUCUUGCCACCUGGAUACUUUCAAAAAGUUGCACAGUAUAUCCAUGCUGCAGGAGGCAUUUUUGUAGCUGAUGAAAUUCAGACAGGCUUUGGCCGUGUGGGAAGCCACUUCUGGGCUUUUCAACUCCAAGGCGAAGAUUUCUGCCCCGACAUUGUGACUAUGGGUAAACCAAUGGGCAACGGGCAUCCUUUGGCAUGUGUGGUUACCACAGAGGAGAUAGCUGGUGCCUUUACGGGCAAUGGAGUUGAAUAUUUCAACACUUUUGGUGGAAACCCAGUGUCCUGUGCAAUUGGCCUCGCAGUACUAGAUGUGAUUGAGAAAGAGGACCUGAGAAGUAAUGCCGUUCGUGUUGGAAAUCAUUUGAUGAAGCUCCUCCGAGAGCUCCAGGCUACACACCCAAUUAUUGGAGAUGUGCGUGGUGUAGGUCUCUUUGUGGGCUUUGAACUGGUUAAAGAUAGAGAGGUUUUAACACCAGCCACAGAAGAAACAGCACUUCUUGUUAGGAGACUGAAAGAGAAACAUAUAUGCUUGAGCGUAGAUGGACCAUGGGAGAACGUCAUCAAAUUUAAACCCCCUAUGUGUUUCAGUAUGCAGGAUGCUGAAAGGGUCAUUGAACAAAUUGAUCACAUUCUUACAGAAAUUGAAGGCAACCUUUAAGACCUGGACAGCAGAAACAAACAUGGUUAGUAGAAACAUUAAAGAAAGCAAUUAAGUGUAUUUUUAUGUUCCAUUUGUACAUUUUAUAUUACAUGAAAACUUUGGUGAAAAUGUCUAACCAUUAACAACAUUUAAAAAGAAAAUCUUUAUUCCUCAAUAAACAAACAGAGGAUAUAUAAGAUGAAAUAAGGAAGGACACUAACCAAAUGAAAACACUUGUUUAUUAUAUACAUAUGUAAAUCUAAAUAUGUGUAUCAUUUAUAAUAUACAUACAAGCAUAUAUGAAGUAUGAUGUGCAGAAAUAAUAGCAAAACUUAAACAGGGAGUGAUUUGCUUUAACCAAAUAUUUCAUAUAUAUUUUGUAUUCCCUUUUAAUGGAGUCUGGAGAUUUACACUGUUUAAACUAACACAGAAGCUGACUCAUGGUCAUCAUGGAAUUUGGUAUAUUAACCAUAAUAAAGUGUGUAUUAUUUUUAAUGAUUUUAAUCAUUCAUGUCAUGUUGUAAUGUGUGUAUAUCAGUGAAUUAGUCUUAAUCAUAUAUACAUUAGUCACAUUUAUGAAUUAUGAUUUAUUAGAGUCAGUUCACAACUAUUUAUACAAAAUUGUCUUGUGUUGAAUCUGGAACCUGCAAGAAAAGAAUUGUAUAAAUAAGCCAAUGAAAAUUAAGAAGGUGCUGUGUUUGUCUAUUCAUUUGUUGCUACCAUUAAUUGUAGUGUCCCUCUACAGUGUCUGAAAAGUCAGGAACCUAUGAGACUUAAGUUUGUAUUUAUUAUUUAUAACUUAUGCUCUACAUGUUCACCUUUUACACUCUAAAUAUUUUUGUCAGCUGCUGUAUCAUGAUUUUUUAUUUCACUCAACAUGUUCCCAUUGGUUCCUGACUUUUUGAACACCUUGUAUAUUAAGGCCUAUCCUUUUAUUAAA